AGGUACCAGCUCCCUAUUUCCGUGGAGGAAGAUAGAUUUUAGACUGAGAGACAGGGGUCAAUUGCCCUGUAGCCCUGCAGGUCGGUAAAAGACGGAGGGGGUGGGGACCCCUGGGGUAGGGUGGUAACGGCCAGAGGCUACAGAGGAUCCGGUCUGCUUUCCAGAUGCCAUCUCCUUCCCAUCCCCAUUCAUUUUGGCGCAGAAAAUUGUGUCUUCGGGUCUGUGGUUGUAGGCACCAACCCAGACAAGAAAAGGAAAGACCUGCAGGAUCAGCGCAGGUCAGUGGGUGAGGGCAACUGCCCCAGAAUCCCUGGGAGUAGGAGUGACUUAAGCCUGAGCAGAAGUUGGAGAGGCCACUAGCUGCCACCCCUCCUCCAAGCCUCCUUAUUGCAGUCUCAGAACACAUGGCCUCUGGAUGCUAAGAAAACAUGGUGCUUGAUGGCUGGACAGGCAAAGGAGGGAAAAAUCUCAACAUGGAAAGGGUCUACAAAGAAAAUGAAGGAAAGCCAGAAAAUCAAGGAAACUUACAAAAUGAGGGAAAGCCAGAAGAUGAAGUAGAUACCGAAGAUGAAGGAAAGUCAGAUGAGGAAGAAAAGCUGGAAGUGGAGGGGAAGCCAGGGCACAAGGGAAAGCUCCAGAAUGAGGGACAGCCAGAUGAUGAGGCACAACCGGAAGAUGAGGGAAAGCAGGACACACAGGGCAAGUCUGAAGAUGAGGGAAAACCACACGGCGGCGAGGGCAAGCCAGAAUCCCAGGCAAAGCCGGUGAGUGAGUCGCGGGCUGCCGAAAAGCGCCCGGCUGAAGAUUAUGUGCCCCGGAAAGCAAAAAGAAAAACCGACAGGGGGACGGACGACUCCCCCAAGGACUAUCAGGAGGACCUACAGGAAAGGCAUUUGGGCGGUGAGGAGAUGAUGAGAGAAUGUGGAGAUAUGUCAAGGGCUCAGGAAGAGCUAAGGAAAAAACAGAAAAUGGGUGGUUUUCAUUGGAUGCAAAGAGAUGUACAGGAUCCAUUCGCCCCAAGGGGCCAACGAGGUGUCAGGGGAGUGAGGGGCGGAGGUAGGGGCCAGAAGGACUUAGAAGACGUUCCAUAUGUUUAAUGCCUUUGGCCUCUAAUUCUGAUUUCUCUGAUGGGAAUAUUGCCAACCCUGCUUUCCCUGGCAGGCAUUUGCCAGGCUAUGUGCUUUAACCUUAAGCUGAUACUUUGCUUUAGGUGUCACUCUUGUUACCAGCAGCCUUUUGAUCCAACUACAGUGCUCUGUCUGUGAGUAGGGGAUUUUCACCCAUGUGCAUGGAAGAGAUGUUCAUGGUACAUUGUAAAAUAACAAUAAAGAGAAAACAGUUUUCAGAACCGCAUAUACAGCAUCAGCCCAUUUUUGAAAAAAAAAAAAAGUUGCAUAAUACGUCCAUGCACAGGGAAAACUAUGAAACUGAGUAGAUCAAAAGAGAAAUAAUUGUUUUCUCUGUGUGGUGGCAGUGGAAGAGAUUAUCCUUUUUCUCAUCUGUACUUUUUUCCCUAAAAAACACAGAUUAAUUUUGUCAUACAAUAAAUAAUAAAAGAUUAAAAAAUAGAAAAAUACAUACCAAGCAAUCAAAAUAACUGUUCAGUGAGCUUAUGAAGGCAGUGGAGGCACUUAAAAAUUCUUGGUGUCAGGAUGUAAAUGAUGCAUAAAACUCUGAUUACCUCUAGGACUCAAAGCUUGAGGAAUCAACCUGGCAGUGAUUACAGACCCAUUGCUGUAAGGACAGUCUUGUCAUCUGUGAAAUGGGGACAAAACUUGCCUUCCAGGGCUGUGGAGAAGAUCAGAUGAGGUAUCGAGUGUGUGAACUGUGUUGAGUUGGCUCCUGCCCUCUCCCCUGCACUUGCAAGACCAGAACCCUGUCAGGCGUUUGGGGGAGGGCUGAGGGGGCUCUCACCUGUGCCCAGGAAUAAGUCCAGACAGCUGAAAUGUGGGUGCCCCUCUCCCCUGGGUAAUACCAUGACUGAGGGCACUGUGCCUCUUCUUAUGGGUCCUGCACCCUCCUGAGGGCCCCACUGCUGCUGCAGGGCUGGAAUCCUUAAGGUAACAAAGCACUUUUGGUUUCCCUGGGGUCCCUGGUGAGUUGAAUCCCCACCAUGUUCCCUACUGAACUAUAGAAAAGGUCCCUCUACUCACAUUACAAUUUUAUUAAUCCUGACACGAAAUGUAGAAAAAUGCUUUGUAAAAUCUUAAUGUAUUUUCUAGCUGUUAUAAUUACCCCACUAGACUUGCCCUUUUCAAACCAAAGAAUUUAUCUUACUCAUUUUGGUACUUACAUAGUAGAAGCUUAAAAAAUCAAUACAUUAAUUAUUGAGUAAGAAGGCCUUAAUUCUUGGCUCAGUUCUGUCCCUAAUUGAAUAUAUAGCCUUGAGCACGUAAUGUCAUUCUUUAGCUACUGAAACUUGCAACUCCAAAAGGAACACAGCAGGAGAGGGUUAUACCACAAUUCAUUGCUAAAUGAUUGUAACAUUGCAUAUGGUAGUGUUUCUCAAAGUUUGUUAGCUACUAGCAGACCACCUGCAUCAAAAUCACCUAGCUAUCUUGCAGAAUCCUGGACCCCGCCUUAGAUCCAAUGUAUCAGAAUCCCUUUUGACUUGUCUGUGUGUGUGUGUCCUUUUUUAGCUCAAUUUUAUUUUUAUCAAAUGGAUACAUGUACAGAAUAUUAAAAUCCAAUAGUGUAAAAGAAUUUAUUAUCAAAAACUGCAGUCUGCCUUGCUAUUCUACAUUCCCACUCUCCAGAGGCAACUACCAUAGAUGUUUGUGGUUUCUUCUCAUAUUUACCUUCAUAUUUCUGAAUAAUAUGCUUAUGCUGCUAUUUUUUUAACAGCUUUAUUAAAAUGUAAUUCACAUACCACAAAAUUCACCCAUUUAAAGUGUACAUUUCAGUGGUUUUUAGUAUAUUAACAGAGUUCUGAAACCAUCACCAUUGCCUGGUUCCAGGACAUUUUCAUCACCCUAAAAAGAAACCUCAUAGCCAUUAGCACAUAAUGGUGUUCCCAUUCUCUCCUCCCCCCAGCACCUGGCAAACACUGAUCUACUUUCCUUCUCUAUGGAUUUGCCUAUUCUAGACAUUUCAUAUAAAUGGAAUCAUACAAUAUAUGACCUCUUGUGUCUGGCUUCUUUCAUAUAGCAUGUUUUCAAGGUUUAUCCACACUGUAGUAUGUAUCAGUACUGAACAUUCAUGUACAUGGUUUGUGUUUUUUUGCCUUUUAAGAUAAACUUUAUUGAAAAGUCAAAUUAUAAAAUUUACAAGUACAGAAAUGAUGGUUCUGCCUUAGUUUAUUAUGUAGAUAAUAUCAGAGCAUGCUAAUGUUUAUGUCCAAAGCUGCUUUAACUUCACUUGAAUGCUUUGAUUCCUUUUAUAUAGAGGCACUCUAAAUUUAAUGUAUUUGUGUCUGGUUUAAAAAAAACAAAAGUGUGUAGUAUUUGAUACACUAGUUAAUCAUUUCUGCUGGAAGAAGCAAGGAUAACUUUUUUCAAUUUUUUCUUUCUUUUACUUAAAAAUUUAUUUCCAGUUUUAUUGAGAUAUAAUUGACAUACAUCACUGCAAAAGUUUAAGGUGAACAGCAUGAUGGUUUGACUUACAUAUGUUGUGAAAUGAUUACCUGAAUAAGUUUAGUUAAUGCCCAUUAUCUCAUAUAGAUACAAUAAAAAGAAAAAGAA